GAUGAUGUGAGAACAAGUCAAGAUAUGCGUUCAUUUUUACUCCAUUCAUAAUAAGCAUCCAUGGAUACCAUGUAUGCAAGUGCCGUAUAACAAAACAAUCCUGGUGUUGUCCAUCUACAUGAGUCAUGCUCAUAGUAUAAAUGAGUCCAGUCUCUGAUCAAAAUCUACACGGAAUUGACUUCUCAAACCAUUAUCAUAGCUUACCAGCUAAAUUGCAGUCAUGUCUAGGAAGCUAGUGGUAUGCGGUGGGAGUGGGUUUCUCGGGUCGAGGGUAUGCAAGUACGCUGUUGCCAGGGGAUGGGAUGUAACAUCUAUAAGCCGCUCCGGCGAACCCAAGUGGAUCACCGUCACAUCAUCCGCAGCGCCGCCGCAAUGGGCCCACAAAGUGUCCUGGGAGCGCGCCGACAUCCUGCGUCCGGCGACGUACGCCCCGCUUCUCAAGGGCGCCGACUUCGUCGUGCACAGCAUGGGCAUCCUGCUCGAAGCAGACUACAAAGGCGUGUUACAAGGGCGGGAAUCGCCCAUCACGGGGCUAAGGAAAGCUUUUAGCACGGCGCCGCAGCCGGGGAACCCGUUGGAGCGCGGGGUGAAGACGGGGCAAGACCAGGACAUCCGGCCGCCGGAGACGGCAGCGCAGCUCACGUACGAGAACAUGAACCGCGACAGCGCGGUGAUGCUAGCGAAGGAGGCGGCGUCGGAGAAGGUGUCGGCAUUCGUGUUUAUAUCCGCCGCUGGCGGCGCCCCCGUGCUGCCCGCGCGGUAUAUUGCGACGAAGAGAGAGGCUGAGAGUAUAGUGGCGAGCGAGUUCCCGAGCAUGCGGGGCAUAUUCAUGCGUGCGCCCUUCUUAUACGAUAACUCGCGGCCGAUUACGGUGGGCAUGGCGGGUAUGACUUUGAUGGGCAAGAUAUUCAACGACGUCACACGAGGCGUUAUGAGCGGCUUUAUGGGUGCUGCCGGGACGAAGCCCCUGAAGGUUGACGUAGUGGCAGAAGCCGUGGUUGAGGCCUUGGGCGAUCCGAAUGUUAAGGGACCUAUCGAGGUGCCCGAGAUCGAGGAGUUGGCUAAUAAGGCGUGGAGGAAAGGAAUGCUCUAAAAUUCAGUCGAAAAAAGAUGUAUUAAUGCAGCAACCCCUAUAGACUUGUAUCAUAGCUGCCCAACGCCCCGAAUAUGCUUGUGUGGUU